AUGGCGACGCCAGAGAGCGCCGCCCGCAGGCAGCCGCCGGAUCCAGAGGCGCUCGCAGCACGGCUGGCAGACAAGUCCAAUGACCUCCGAGUGCGCCUCGCGACGGCGACCGAGAUCAAAGACUUUCUCGAGGUCUUUCAGAACGUCGACUAUGGCCGCUUUCUCAAGCACAUGAUACCCACCUACAUCGAGCUGCUCGCGUCGAUACCGUGCAGCUUCAGCGCGGAUGCCAUCGAGCAGCGGCUGCGGCAUGUCGUCGUCGAGACCAUCCACCGCCUGCCGCAGCACGAGCUGGUGAAGCCGUUCGCCGACGGCCUGAUGACGUCGAUGCUCAACGUGCUGCGUCAGGACAACGAGGAGAACGCCGUCGUCGCGCUCAAGGUCAUCAUCGACCUCCACCGCUCCUUCAAGGCGGUGCUGCAGGAGCAGGUGCAGCCGUUCCUUGAGCUCGUCAAGACGCUCUACACAAGCAUGGGCACCACGGUCGAGGAGGCCUUCAAGAGCGAGGCAUCUCAGCUCUCGCAGCCACAGGCCCAGCCGGGUGCUGCCGCCGCAGCAGCACAAGCACCGGCAUCAGCAGCGGCAGCGGCAUCGACCGACGCAGCUGCAGGAGGAACGGCCGCCUCGCCAGCGACCGAGGCUGCCGGCAGCAACGCGGCGCCCGCCGCUGUGCAAUCGACGCGCAUUGCCCGCAGCAUGUCGAGCUUCAAGGUGCUGACCGAGUGCCCCAUCGCGAUCGUGCUCAUCUUCCAGAGCUACCGCAGCGUGGUGGCGCAGGCGAUCCACGUCUUUGUGCCGCUGAUUGUCGAGAGCUGCCUGUCGCUCCAGGCCAAGCCGCAACGCGAGGCGCACGAGGCGGCCAAGGCCAAGGGCGAGAUCUUUGUCGGCGUCGCGCCCGGCAUCAAGAACCGCCCGCUCUACACGGACAUGGUGGUGGCCCAGGUCAAGACGAUGUCGUUCCUCGCCUACGUGCUGCGCGGGUCGGCGCCGGUGAUGCGGCCGUAUGCCCACGUGCUGCCCGAGAUCAGCGUCCGCCUGCUCAAAGACUGCCCGCCGGAGGCGUCGGCGACGCGCAAGGAGCUGCUGGUGGCCACGCGGCAUGUGCUCUCGACCGAGUACCGCGCCAACUUUGUCGGCCAGAUUGACACGCUGCUCGACGAGCGGGUCCUCAUCGGCACCGGCAUCACCUCGCACGAGACCCAGCGGCCGCUGGCCAUCAGCAUGCUCGCCGACCUGGUUCACCACGUGCGCCAGGAGCUGACGCCGGCGCAGCUGGUCCGCGUCGUCCACAUCCACUCGCAGAUCCUCCACGACUCGACGCUGGCCCCGAGCAUCCAGACCAUGUGCGUCAAGCUGCUGCUCAAUCUCGUCGAGACGAUCCUGACCAAGCACCCCGAGGGCGCCAACGAGAUCCUCCGCGGCAUCCUCGACACCUUCGUCGAGAAGCUGGCGAGCCUCCAUCGGCUGCGCGACGACGUCGACAAGGCCAAAGCGCUGCGGGCCGGCGUGCCCACGCCCCCCGGUCAGCCGCUCGGCGCGAUCGACAUUGAAAAGGCCAAGCCGAUCCAGGCCGCCGCCACCAUGACCGACGUCGCCGGCGACCCGCUCAAGGAUGCCCGCUUCCUGCUGCGCAACAUCCUGUUUGGCUUCAAGACGCUGAUCCCCGUGCUGCAGCACCGCAACGCGGCGCACCCGGACGGCGAGACGGCGGGCAGGCUGCUGGUCGACGGCGUGCGCUGCUGGUCGCUCCACGAGGACCGCGACAGCCGCGAGGAGAAGGAGGUGCUCGACCUCUUCACGACCGUCUUCAUCGACCUCGACGCGCAGGUCUUCCACGAGGUGUUCACGACGCAGAUGCCGUUCCUCUUUGAGGAGAUGCUGUCGACGCCGAUGCUGCUGGGGAUACCGCAGAACCUGCUGUCCAACGACGGCGUCUCGCGGCGGUUUGUGGGCAUCCUGCUGCGCUUCCUCGUCGACCGGCUCGAGGAGCUGGGCAAGUCGGACAAGAAGCACGCGUCGGUCAGCCUGCGGCUCUUCAAGAUGGCGUUCAUGGCGGUCACGAUCUUCCCCGAGGAGAACGAGGUGGUGCUGCAGCCGCACCUGAGCCACCUGAUCAUGGAGUCGAUGAAGCUCGCCAGCAAGGCGGCCGAGCCGACCAACUACUUUCUCCUGCUCCGCGCGCUCUUCCGCAGCAUCGGUGGCGGCCGCUUCGAGCUGCUGUACAAGGACGUGCUGCCGCUGCUGCCGGUGCUCCUCGAGAACCUCAACGCGCUGCUCAACGCCGCCGAGCCAUCGAGGCGCGAGGUGUUUGUCGACCUGUGCCUCACGGUGCCCGUGCGGCUGAGCGUGCUGCUGCCGUACCUCAGCUACCUGAUGAAGCCGCUGGUGCUGGCGCUCCAGUCGUCGACCGAGCUCGUCAGCCAGGGCCUCCGCACGCUCGAGCUCUGCAUCGACAACCUCACCCAGGAGUUCCUCGACCCGAUCAUGGCCCCCUACGCACACGACAUCAUGGCCGCCCUCUGGCAGCACCUCCAGCCCCUGCCCCACAACCACCAGCACUCGCACACCACGAUGCGCAUCCUUGGCAAAAUGGGCGGCCGCAACCGCAAGCUGCUCCAGGACCCGCCCCGCCUCACCUACACCUCGCCGGGCCAGCCCAUGUUUGCCGUCCAGUUCGAGGGCAAGGCGCAGUCGAUGUCGCUGACGCCCAUCACCGAGCUGGCGCUGGCCAACAUCCGCCGCAACGACGUCUACUACCGCAAGCACUCGUUUGAACUGCUCAGGCACGCCGCCGCGCUCUUCCUCGACGGGCCCCUCGUCGACGCCGCGCGCGAGGCCCUCUUCGAGCGCGUCGUCAAGGGUCUGUUCGACGCCACCAAGGCCGACGAGCUGCGCGACGGGGCGGCCGAGUUCCUGCUGGGCGUCUGCCGCCACGUCUUUGCCGCCGAGAUCCGGCGAGAGAUGCCCAUGCCGAGCGGCGCGUCGCACCGCCACCUGUGGCCGAUGACGACGUCGCUGCUCGAGGGCCUCACGCAGACGCUCUCGUCCAACGAGGCCGGCUCGGACCCUGCGCCCCUGAUCGAGCUCGAGCUGCGCAUCAUCCGCGAGUUCCUCACCGCCUGCGAAAAGACGCCCGCCACGCGCGCCGACCUGGGCCACAUUGUGAUGCACUCGCUCGCCAGCCGCUUCUGCUCGCAGUGCUACGACCAGCUCUGGCAGCGCAAGACGGGCGGCUGGCUUGGCGUCAACAUGCUGGUGCGCCGAGCGGACCUGGGCCAGAUCUGGGUGCGCGACCACCAGCUCGAGAUUGUCCGCGCGCUGCUCUUCAUGCUCAAGGACAUGCCCAGCGACCCGCCCGGCAACAUCGACGAGGUCAGCGACACGCUCCUGCAGGUGAUCCGCCAGGCCUAUGCCGUCAAGCCGGCCGCUGUCCCCGCCGCUGCCGCCAGCGGCACUGCCCCCAACGAAGGCGGAGGAGGCGCUGCCACCGCCUCGGCUGGCCCGGCGCCGAAACCGGAGCCCGUGGUGCCCGAGCGUCCGAGCCACCUCACCUACCUCAUCGGCAUCCUGGUGCCGGAGCUCUCGAGCUCCAACGCCACGGUCCGCGCGACGACCCAGUCGGCGUUUAAGCUGCUGGCCGAGCUGCGUGGCUCGACGGUGACGGAGCUGCUGAGUCCGCAGCGCGAGCGCCUGCUGACGCCCAUCUUCACCAAGCCGCUCCGCGCGCUGCCCUUUGGCAUGCAGAUUGGCCACAUCGACGCCGUCACGUUCGCGCUCAACCUGACGCCGCCGCUGCCCGAGUUCAACGAGGAGCUCUUCCGCGUGCUGACCGAGGCGCUGGCGCUGGCCGACGCCGACGACCAGGCGCUCAUCGGCCGCACGUCGCAGUACAAGAACAUGCUGGCGGUGACCAAGCUGCGCGUCGUCGCCAUCCGCCUGCUGUCGUCGGCGAUGGCGUGCAACGACUUCCUCUCGCCCAAGCAGAACCAGAUGCGGAUGAAGAUCAUCUCGGUCUACUUCAAGAGCCUCUACUCGCGCUCCGAGGAGGUGGUCCAGGUGGCCUACGACAGCCUCAAGACGGUGCUGACGCAGCAGAGCAAGCUGCCCAAGGACCUCCUCCAGAGCGGCCUGCGGCCCAUCCUGAUGACGCUCGCCGACCGCAACCGGCUGACGGCGGCGGGGCUCGAUGGCCUGGCGCGGCUGCUGCAGCUGCUGACCAACUACUUCAAGGUCGAGAUCGGCACCAAGCUGCUCGAUCACCUCACCAGCCUUGCCGAACCGCCGAUGCUCCACCGCGCCGCGCUGGGCUCGCUCAGCGACAACGAGCAGAUCAAGACGCUGGUGGCCGUCGUCAACGUCUUCCGCCUGCUGCCCGAGGCGUCGUUCCAGUUCCUGCCGCGCCUCACGACGACGGUGGCCGAGAUCGAGUCGCAGCUGCGGCGAUCGGGCGCGACCCCCUUCACCAAGCCGCUGACGCUCUUCCUCAACCGCUUCGCCGAAAAAGCGGUCUCCUACUUUUUCGAGGGCGACAAGCUGAGCAACCCCAAGUUCCUCCGCGUCGUGCGUCUCUCGCUAGUUUCCAACGACGGCCCGGACCUGCGCGCCCAGGUGGCCGCCGGCCGCGCCAAGUACCUCUACCCGCUCUUCGCCAACGAGGCCUCGGCGUCGCAGGCGCUUGCUGGGAUGACGAUCGUCGAGCAGCUCGUCGAGCGCGACCCGGCCUGGCUGACCAAGCACAAGGACGUCUUUGAGCGCCUGGUGGCCUACUGGCGCUCGCCGGCCUGCAGCCACCGCCGCAGGCAGGAGGCCCACACCACCACGCGCAACGGCUUCGAGACCAAGAACCUCAUCCGGCUCUUUACGUCCUACCUCGAGGUCGAGCCCCACCUCGACGCCUACGUCGCCAUCCUCGACGCCUACACCUACAAGGUGGCCUUCGACCUGACGCCCACCACCCGCUUCAUCUACCAGCACCUCUGCAUACGCGCCAGCGUCGAGAUCAAGAGGCAGAUGAUGUCGCGCUUCCUUGCUCUCUUCGAGGACGCCAAGGCCAGCCAGCCGCUCAAGACGGCCAUGCUGCGGGUCGUCAUCAACCCGAUGCUCCUCGCCAGCCAUAGCCUCGCGGCCGAGACCGCUGGCCCUUCCGGCGCGCCAACGGCCAAGGCGGAAGCUGCGGUGGUGGCGGGUGCGAGCAGCGGCGCUAGCACAGAGAAACCGGCCACAGCGGCGGCGGCGGUGGCAGCCACCGACAAAAAGGCCGAGGUCAAGGCCGAAGCAGCCAAGGCCGACGGCGACGUCACGAUGGAGGAGGCGGACAAGGCCAAAACCGAGGCGCCCAAGGCGGUGGCGGCCGCGGCCGCUGAGACCGCGUCUGCUCAGCCUUCCGCCACCGCCAGCAAGCCAGAGGGCGGGGAUGCGGUCGACAAGCCUGCCGACAGCGGCCUCGCCAGCAUCAUCGACUCGACGCUGAUCCACCAGAUCGUCAACCGCGUCUGGAAGCCCUUCCAGCAGCCCAAGCUGGCCGCGUCGCUGUGCAGCGAGGACGGCCUUCGGAUCGAGCUGCUGCACAUGUCGACAAUGAUCCUCGAGCACUGCUCUCACCACCUUGCCAACCACGGCCAGGCCAAGAAGGACACGAUCAAGUUUGGUUGGGCCAACCUCAGCGCCGAGGACGUGACGGUCAAGAAUGUCGCCUACAUCUUCAUCGCGCGCUUCCUCGAGGUCUUUGAGAGCCCGAUCAAGAUCGUCGGCCAGGUGUACGUCGGUCUGCUCCGCGCGCACCAGUCCGAGGGCCGCGCUAUGGUCCGCAAGGCGCUCGACAUCCUCGUCCCCGCGCUGCCCAAGCGAGCUGGGUUGGCCGAGGGCGGCCAGCCCCCUCAGUGGGCCAAGUGGACAAAGCGCCAGUUGGCCGACGAGGGCCACAACGGUCCGCAGCUGUUUGCGAUCCUGUCGCUCCUGGUCCGCCACGCCGACCUAUUCUACUCGAGCCGAGAGAUGUUUGUGCCUCACAUCGUGGGCAGCCUGACCAAGCUCGGGCUGCUCGUCAGCUCCAGUUCCGAGUCGAGGAUGCUCUCGAUCGACCUGGCCGAACUCUUGUUCAAGUGGGAGAAGCGCCGAGCCGACCACUUCGCCUCGAAGGAGGUCAAGGCCACCGCCACCGACGCUGCUCACGACAUUGACAACGGCAAGCGCAGCGGUGGAGACGACGGCGACCAGGACGAGAGCCGCAAGCGAGCGCGCAUCGACGCCGCGGGUGGUUCCGUGUCGACCUCAACCUCGACCUCGACCUCGAACGCAGCCUCCGCCGCGGCUCCCGGCGCUGCUGCUCCGACUGCCGGGCAAGCCGAUGCCUCAGCUGCGGCCACUUCGGCGGAGCACAACUAUCUGAUGCCGAUGAACCUGCGCGAGAUGGCGGUCGGCUUCCUGGUCCGCUUCAUCUCGCUCUCGGUCGAGCCGAUUGCCAGGGGCGGCGUCGUGAGCAAGGCGGCCAACCUGCUCAAGGAGGUCCUCAAGGCGCCCCACUGGUCCGACGUGCAGAUCAAGCUCGCCGUCUUCCAGCGCCCGCUGAUCCAGACGGAGCUCACCGAUGCCAACAUCCCCGUCGUCUGCAACGCCCUCCACACGCUGCGCUACGUCGUGACCGACAAGAGCGACGUGUGGGUGGCGGCCCACGUACCCCAGCUCCACAAACUGCUCGAGAAGAGCGCGGCCACCGAGCACGUCUCGCUCGCCGAGGCGCAACGGCACAUCCUCGAGCGCGUGUUCGAGGUGAUUCCAGACCCGCCACCGGAGGACGAUGCGGACGCCGACGGCGAGGCGGAUGGCGCGGCCGACGAGGACGCCAAGAUGGGCGAUGCCUCCGCGGCUGCAGACCCUUCGUCUGCCGCGAGCAAGCCCAAGGUCGAGGGCGACGCCGUGCAGGACGAGCUUGCCAACUUCAGGAAGUUUGCCGAGAACACCAUCUCGGAGGGCCUCAAGCAGUCGCAGAACCUCUACAGCGUCUUCGUCAUGCUCGACGCCUGGUCGCAGAGCAAGCCGGAGAAGAUCGACGCCCACCUGCCGGCCCUGACCAAGGCGCUGAGCAAGCUGACAAAGGAGCAUCUCGCCGCCACGGCGCCCGUCGCACCCAACGACCCCGGCCUCAAGCUGCUGAUGCUGGUGCUCGAGCUGUUCAAGAAGCGCAUCUCGAACCUGCAGGACCAGCGCCGGUGGUUCCUCAGUGCACUCGUCCAGCUCGUGGAACGAUCGUCGAGCAUCGAGCUCUGCCGCUUCCUGCUCGGGACCAUGAGCAAGUGGAUCCUCGAGCAGAAGGAGGCCUUCCCCACGAUCAAGGAAAAGGCGGGCAUCCUCGUCAAGAUGAUGGGCUUCGAGGACCGCGACAACGAGCAGCUGCUCGCCGACUACCUCGACCUCAUCCACUCGAUCUACACGACGCCUGCCUUUGCCCGGACCGAGCUGACGGUGCGGCUCGAAAACGCCUUCCUGCUGGGAUGCCGCCACAAGGACCCCGAGAUCCGCCAAAAGUUCAUCGCCAUCUUCGACCGGACGCUUGUCCGCUCGCUGCCCGGGCGUAUGCUCUACCUGCUCGGCCACCAGAGCUGGGAGUACCUUGCCGAGCACUUCUGGCUCAACCAGGCACUCGACCUGCUGCUGGGCUCGGUCGACUCGAGCACCCCGCUGCUGCCGCCCAGCUCCGCCACGGUGGCGCGCCAGUCGGCGACCGGGGCUGGAUCGGCCGGCUUCGUGGCGGUGCUGCGAGGCAUGCAGGUGGGCGAUCUCAUCGCCUCGCUGCGAGCGCUGCUCUACACCGAUGCCGAGUCGGCCCACAAGGUGUGGGUCUCGUUCUUCCGUGCCGCCUGGCGCGCCAUCCCCAAGAAGAAUCAGGACGAGGUGACGCGCUCGCUGAUCGGCGUCCUGACGCGCGAGUACAACCUCCGUCAGGUCAGCCGCCGGCCCAACGUGGUGCAGACGCUGCUCGAAGGUGCGCUGGCGUGCAAGCCGCAGCUCGAGCUGCCGCCGCACGUCCUCAAGUACCUCGGCAAGAGCUUCAACGCGUGGCACACGUCGAUCGAGCUGCUCCAGAACCUGCUUCGCUCGCUGCCGCGCCAGGACGACGCGAUCCGUGAGGCGGGCCAGGACGCGCUGGCGGAGCUCUUUGCCGAGCUGUCCGAGGACGACAUGUUCUACGGCCUCUGGCGGCGCCGCUGCGUCUACGCCGAGACCAACGCCGCAAUCUCGUACGAGCAGAUUGGCAUGUGGUCGCAGGCCCAGGCCAUGUACGAGACUGCCCAGAUCAAGGGGCGCUCGGGCAUGCUCAACUUCACCGAGGCCGAGUACAGCCUGUGGGAGGACCACUGGACGCUGUGCGCGUCCAAGCUGCAGCAGUGGGACAUCCUCACCGACCUCGCCAAGGCCGAGGGCAACAACGACCUGCUGCUCGAGUGCGCCUGGCGCCUCUUUGACUGGACCACGGAGCGCGAGAUUCUCGAGACGGCUCUCGAGAGCCUGUCGGCCAGCGCCACGCCGCGCCGCCGCGUCUUCGAGGCGUACAUGGCGCUGUUGAAGUCGCAGGCGGGCCAGGACAAGCCGGCCGAGUUUGGGAGGAUCUGCGACGAGGCGAUCCAGCUGACGCUGCGCAAGUGGCACUCGCUGCCGUCGACGGUGACCGUGGCCCACGUCCCGCUACUGCAGAUCUUCCAGCAGUUUGUCGAGCUGCAGGAGGCCAGCACCGUCUUUGCCUCGCUGGCCCACACCAACGCGUCCAACCUCGACCAGCGCUCGUCGGAGCUCAAGACGCUGAUGCAGACGUGGCGCGAGCGGCUGCCCAACCUGUGGGACGACAUCAACGCCUGGAGCGACCUCGUCGCCUGGCGCCAGCACGUCUUCAGCGCCGUCAACAAGUCCUACCUGCCGCUCGUCCCCGUCAUCCAGCAGCGCGACGGACAGAGCGCCAGCACCAACUCGUACGCCUACCGCGGCUACCACGAGACGGCCUGGAUCAUCAACCGCUUCGCCCACGUCGCACGCAAGCACUACCUCAACGACGUCUGCAUCAGCUCGUUGACCAAGAUCUACACGCUGCCCAACAUUGAGAUCCAGGAGGCGUUCCUCAAGCUGCGCGAGCAGGCAAAGUGCCACUACCAGAACCCCAACGAGCUGACCCAGGGCCUCGACGUCAUCAACAACACCAACCUCAUGUUCUUCGCCGCCUCGCAGAAGGCCGAGUUCUUCACGCUCAAGGGCAUGUUCAUGGCGCGCCUCGGCCUCAACGACGAGGCCAACCACGCGUUUGGCACGGCGAUCCAGAUGGACCUCAACCUGGCAAAGGCGUGGACCGAGUGGGGCCGCUACAACGACCGCAUCUUCCGCGACAAGCCCGGCGACACGUCGGCCGCCGGCAACGCCGUCAGCUGCUACCUCCAGGCCGCCGGCCUCUACAAGAACGCCAAGGUGCGCAAGGUGCUGCUGCGCGUCCUCUGGCUGCUCAACUGCGACGACGCCAAGGGCACCGUCUGGCAGGCAUUCGAGGGCUUCAAGGGGGACGCGCCCAUCUGGUACUGGAUCACCUUUAUCCCGCAGCUGCUGCAGUCGCUGUCGCAGAAGGAGGUGCGGUUCGCGCGCAAGAUGCUCAUGUCGAUCGCCAAGACGUUCCCGCAGUCGCUCUACUUCCACCUGCGCACGACCAAGGAGGACUACGUGGCCAUGAAGCGCCAGACGCUGAUCGCCGCGCAGCGCGCAGCCCAGGCCCGCCAGCAGCAGCAGAUGGCCGCGGCCAGCAGCGCCGCCAACGCGGGCGCCAACGCCGCCACGCCGUCGACGCCGAUGGGCGGCGCCGCCGCCGGAUCCCCCGCCGCACCCCAGUCCAACACGCCUUCCCAGUCCGGUGCUGCCAGCCCGACCAAGCCCGACGGUGCCGCCGACGCGCAGGCUUCGGCUGCCAGCUCCAAGGACGCGUCGGGCAGCCCGACCAAGGCGACGCCAUCGCAGCAGGCGACUCCUGGAGGACAGCCGGCCGGUCCUGGCCAGCCGCAGCAGCAGCAGCAGCAGCAGCAGCUGCCUCCGGGCGCGGUGGCUCCGGGCGCUGCCGGCGUCCCCGGCCAGCCCGGCGCCAUACCGGGCAUGCCCAACCUGCAGCAGAGGCAGCCGUGGGACUACGUCGACGAGAUCCUCAACAUCCUAAAGACGGCCUUCCCGCUGCUGACGCUGACCAUGGAGAACAUCGCCGAGCAGAUCCAGCAGCGUUUCAAGCCCACCAACGAGGAGGACAUCUACCGGCUGACCAACGCGCUGCUCAACGACGCGCUGCAGCAGUACAUCCAGCGCGCCGCGAUGCCCAACGACACGGGCGCGCUGCCGCAGUCGUCGCAGGCCAACGUCAUCCGCUUCGCCGAGAACCUGCCGCCGGGCCCGCUCAAGUCGUCGUUUGAGGAGGACUUUGUCAAGAGCAAGCCGACGCUGCGCGACUACGUGUCCAAGCUGCAGCGGUGGCGCGACCGGUACGAGAGCAGCCUCGACCGGCGGCCGCGCAAGCAGCACCUGGAGCACUGCAGCCACUACCUGGUCGAGUUCCAGCACCAGAAGUUUGACGAGGUCGAGGUGCCCGGCCAGUACCUGCGGCUCGAGGACAACAACUCGGACUUUGUCAAGAUCAGCCGCUUCUUGCCCGUGUUUGAGAUGACGCGCUCGGCGGGCCUGUGCACGCGCAGGCUGACGAUUCUCAGCAACAAGGGCACGCGCCACUCGUUUGCGGUGCAGCUGCCGUCGGGGCGCUACUGCCGCCGCGAGGAGCGCAUCUUCCAGCUGCUGCGCUUCCUCAACCGCAUCCUCGAGCGGCGCAAGGAGACGCGAAAGCGCGGCCUCACGUUCCACGUGCCCGUCGCCGUGCCGCUGGCGCCCCAGGUGCGCCUGAUUGACCACGACGCGUCGUUUGUCAGCCUCUCGGACAUCUUUGAGAAGCACUGCGACGAGAUCGGCAUCGGCAAGGACGACCCGGUCAUCGCCUGGGUCGAGAAGAUGCGCUCCACCUGGGAGGGCGGCGUCGGGCGCGGCAACGUCGACUUUACCAACCUGCGCAUGGACCUCAUGGAGGAGAUCAGCGUCAAGAUGGUGCCGGACACGGUGCUGUCGCGCUACAUGAUCCGCUCGCUCUCGACGCCGUCGGACCUGUGGCUGAUGCGCAAGCAGUUUACGCUGCAGACGGCGUCGACCAUGUUCCUCACCUACUGCCUCUUUAUCUCGGCGCGGCUGCCCACGCGCAUCCACAUUUCGCGCUCGAGCGGGCAGGUGUCCAUGUCGGACGUGGUGCCCACCCUCAACCCGCAGGCGCCCCAGUUCAAGUCGACGGACCCGACGCCCUUCCGGCUGUCGCCCAACAUCCAGCACUUUAUCGGGCCCAUCGGCAUCGAGGGCAUCCUGACGUCGUCGCUCAUGGCCCUCGGACGCUGCCUCACGGAGCCGGAGCGCGCCCUCGAAGAGUACCUCGGCGUCUUUGUGCGCGACGAGAUCAACUUUUGGCUCAGCGGCGCACAGCGCAGCGGCGGCGUCGCCGCCGGCAUCACCGAGGCGCCGCGCGAGAUUGUCCUUCAGAACUCGAUGGAGAUUGUCAAGCGCGCACGCCUCAUGAGCUGCAAGUUUGAGAUGGACCGCGGCAACCCGCAGCAGCCCACAAUCUCGCCCAUCUCGCAGACGGUGCUCGACCUCAUCAACUCGGCGAGCAACCCGAGCAAGCUGGCGCUCCAGGACCCGACCUGGCAGCCGUGGCUCUGA